AUGAACCGGCAGCACUCGCAGAACCAUUCUCUGAUGAUACACAACAAGAGCUGCUGUGUGUUCCGGGACGACUUCAUUGCCAAUGUGCUGCCACCAGUGCUGGGGCUGGAGUUUGUGUUUGGACUCCUGGGCAAUGGCCUUGCUCUGUGGAUAUUCUGCUUCCACCUUAAGUCCUGGAAAUCCAGCCGGAUCUUCCUGUUCAACUUGGCCGUGGCUGACUUUCUCCUCAUCAUUUGCCUGCCGUUCCUGACAGACAACUAUGUGAGGAAGUGGGAUUGGAAGUUUGGGGACAUCCCUUGCCGGCUGAUGCUCUUCAUGUUGGCCAUGAACCGCCAGGGCAGCAUCAUCUUCCUCACGGUGGUGGCCGUGGACAGGUAUUUCCGGGUGGUCCAUCCUCACCACUCUCUGAACAARAUCUCCAAUCGGACAGCGGCCAUCAUCUCCUGCUUUUUGUGGGGUGUCACCAUCGGCCUGACGGUUCACCUCCUCUACAAAAACAUGUUGACCAAGAAUGGGGACGCGAAUCUSUGCAGCAGUUUUAGCAUCUGCAAAACCUUCCGGUGGCACGAUGCCAUGUUCUUCUUGGAGUUCUUCUUGCCCCUGGGCAUCAUCUUGUUCUGCUCUGCCAAAAUCAUCUGGAGCCUGCGGCAGAGACAACUGGACAAGCAUGCCAAGAUCAAGAGAGCCAUCAACUUCAUCCUGGUGGUGGCCAUUGUCUUCAUCAUCUGCUUCCUGCCCAGCGUGGCCGUGCGCAUCCGCAUCUUCUGGCUCUUGUACACCUCGGGGACGCAGGACUGUGAAGUGUACCGCUCAGUUGACUUGGCCUUUUUCAUCACCCUCAGCUUCACCUACAUGAACAGCAUGCUGGAUCCACUUGUGUACUACUUCUCCAGCCCAUCCUUUCCCAACUUUUUCUCCAUGUUGAUCAACCGCUGCCUCGGCAAGAAGACACCUGAUAAGCCAGAUAAUAACCGCAGCACCAGCUUGGAGCUCACGCAGGACAUGAGUACUACCAGGAGUGUCCCGAACGCCUUAAUGGCUGACSGCAGUGAACCAUAG